AUGGACGCCUUCCAGGCCUCCUGGCCCUUUAACGACACAAAGACACCAACCACCCCAACCUACCUCGCCCACAGACUCGACAUGAACAGACCAAGCUUGUACUCGCAGCUGGCUCGACCCAAGGCCGAGCAAGAGUUUCUGCAGGCGCUUAUCGCUCCUCUUGACGGCCGCCCCAGCGACGGACUAUCCCCGCAAGACCCCUUCCAGGUCAUAUACCGCCACCUGCACGAGAAGCAUUACAUGGACAGGCUGAUCCAUGCAUUUUACCACCGGCCUACCCGCUCACAGCAGCUGAGCAGCAGCCCCGCCGACCUUGGUCGCAUUGCAUUCCACAACAAGGUCCGCGUGGUCUACCCUCGCCCAUCCGAAAUCGGCCAGGCUAUCGACCAGGUCCAUGCCCUGAGCACCAAGGAGCCAGCACCACUGUUGCUUCACCUCCUGACCUCGCCCGCGCUGCGCUUCCGCCUCUGCAUGAUUGCCCAUCUCAUCGAGGUUGCCUUCGACGUCGGAAACGGUACCUGCAACGGCGAAAGCCCUCGACAUCUGACUCGAGAAGAUUCAGACUAUGCCUUGCAAAAGCUCCAGGAUCUCUUCCAGGAGCUGUUCCAGAAACCUGACGAACAAGCCAGUUUGCGACGAUUCUUGACGGUUCUUCACGAAUGGGUCUCCAUGAAAGUCAACGUGGACGAGGAAGAAGGUAACGAGACAGAGGGUGACCAGACUCAAGAUUUCGAGGAUGAAGCCGCCACGAAUAGAUUCAAGCUAAGGAUCCCACACAUUGUGAAGGAGAUCUUCCCAAGCUGGAGCCUCGUCCUUUAUGAAAUGCAAAACAUCAAGAUCUCUGCCAUUGGGGACGCCAGAUUCCACCGUGAGGUUGCGGAUCUCUACCGGUUCCUGUUUCUCUCCCUCGAUAAUCGCAAUCUUGCCUUCGCUACUGAUUGGGUUAACGAGGCGCGUAACGUCCUUGGUCCGAUCCAGGCGACUCUCACCUCAGAAAAGUACCGCGGACCUGCUCACCGACUUAUGCGCGAGGUCGUCUGUAUGACCGACCAGCUCUGGGAAGGCGGAGGAGCGACAGACACCAGUCUCGCGACCGAGAAGUGCUUGACCAUCCUGAUCCAAAAGUCCCUUCAAGGCUCGACUGGUUUGCCUGAUUCCGGGGCGGGAGUCGGAUUGAAUGUUGGCUGGGAUGUCAUGCGCGACUUUGAGAUCCUCAUCCAAGCAGCCAGUCGUAACAUUGCGCCCAUUCCCUUGCCGAGCAUUGUCUGGAAGCGACCCAACUCGGAGGUGAUUAUGGAUGCCGCCGUCCUCGAAUUUCCGCAUCUGAUGCCGAGCAACAUCCAUUUGAAUACCACAACCGCUUACGAUCGACAGACAAACAAGUCGUGCCGCCUCUGGCACCUGAAGAUCUCGGGACUGGAAGUCGAGGCCAAGAAGGUUGCUUACAGCUACACGAGCAAGUCGUUUCUAGGAGGCAACAUGAUGGACGAGGGAGAGCUUGACUUGGUCAUUCCUCCUAACUGCCUGGAUAUUGACAUGACCUUCGUCCUGACACCUCCUGCUAUUCGUCGAGGAACCAUCACCGCGCUUCGGGCCGCUGUCGACACCAUCGGACGCAGACAUCCCAUUGCCUCUGCUGCACGCGAGAGCCUAUUCACUACCAGCCUUGGAAGCCAGAGCAACCAACUCACUCGAAGACGGUCGACCUCACGUACGCGCCUUGGCACUGGCCUUGGAGCCAUGGCGUACUCUCCUCGAGCGGUGCGAUUCUCGGAUACGGCGGCGUUGACCUCGGAUGUUGGACGUGCCUCUUCGAGAACUGGCGUCCGAAUCCGUCAACAAGUGCAGGAGGCUGUCACUGAUGACUUUUGGUCCGCCACCAGGGAAAUUGUCUCUCGUUUCCUCUAUCCCAACCGACCGUACACACCAUAUGUACAACGUCACCAACAACAGCGACAGAGCAUUCUACGAACUGAUUCGAGCUCGGUUGGUCAACUAGCAGCGCAGGGUCUGAUGACUCUGAGUCGUCCUCGACGUCGAUUGUCGAUUGGCAAUGGCUCUAUCGGUGCUAUCGGCCCUCUCGGUCCUGUAAGCCCAUGGCUUACAGCAGAGCUUCGAACGGCAACCGCGGCGCCAGCCGCCCCCGGAUCUGGUCCACCCGUCUCCCUAGAGACUCAGACCCCUGCCUACUAUGAUCUAGUUGUAGAGCCUGUCGGCUUGGCCCAUCGAAAGUUUGUGGAGCUCAAGGAGUGCCGCAUCAACCUUCGUCGCUUGAACGUGGAUGUUUUGGAGACACAGCACCCCGUCCUCCAAAUGGUGUUCCAUUCGAUCAUGGUCCGAAAACUCCGCAAGGCGGUCGAGCGCACGUUGCGCGAGAUGAUGGUGGAGCUGGUAAACACUGUUAACAUUGGAGUUGAGCAGAUCAUGGAAUCCAUCCGCGAGCCGCCAGAGGACGACGCUGAGGAAGUCCUUGAGCGACCGCGCCGGCGAGAGUCGGCGGCAUCGAUCCCGCAGGGGUCGUAUGAGCCUGCCUCGAAGACGCCCUCGAGCGGCAUUGUCACGUCGAUGCCUCUCUAG